UUUCUAAGGAGGCUCGGGAAAAAUCCAGGGAUGCUCAUGCGCAGUGCGGGCGGUCAGACCUCCUCGCGGUCCGCCCCGCCCGGCAGGGAGGGGUUGGGCCGGGAGUCCAGCUGCCGUCGCCGGCCGGGGCUUCAGUGACUUCCUUGUUGGGAGCCCCGGUCCGGCUGCGUCCACACUCCUCUCCGGGACCGCGAAACCCGAGUCCCGCUCGCAGCCGCUCCCUCGGCCCGUCGCCCCCUUUUCAGCAUAGGUUCUUAGCCCGCUGUCCCUAACAUGCCCACCCCCCGCAGCACCUCCACUCCCAACCCCCUCCCCGAGGAGAUUAGGAACCUGUUGGCAGAUGUUGAAACAUUUGUAGCAGAUGUAUUGAAAGGGGAAAAUUUAUCCAAGAAAGCAAAGGAAAAGAGAGAAUCUCUUAUUAAGAAGAUAAAAGAUGUAAAGUCUAUGUAUCUUCAGGAAUUCCACGACAAAGGUGAUGCAGAAGAUGGGGAAGAAUCUGAAGACCCCUUUUCUAGAACUCUAGAUACCAUUUCAUUAGCCUCUGAAAGAUAUGAUAAAGAUGAUGACGGCCCCUCUGAUGGAAACCAGUUUCCUCCUAUUGCAGCACAGGAUCUUCCUUUUGUUUUAAAGGCUGGUUACCUUGAAAAACGUAGAAAAGAUCACAGCUUUCUGGGAUUUGAAUGGCAGAAACGGUGGUGUGCACUCAGUAAAACAGUAUUCUACUAUUAUGGAAGUGACAAAGACAAACAGCAGAAAGGUGAAUUUGCAAUAGAUGGCUACAGUGUCAGAAUGAAUAACUCUCUUAGGAAGGAUGGAAAGAAAGAUUGCUGUUUUGAAAUUUCAGCUUCUGAUAAACGAAUCUAUCAGUUUACAGCAGCUUCUCCCAAAGAUGCUGAAGAAUGGGUACAACAGCUGAAAUUUGUAUUACAAGAUAUGGGAUCUGAUACUAUUCCUGAAGAUGAUGAGGAAAGAGGAGAAUUAUACGAUGAUGUUGAUCAUCCUCUCCCAGUCAGCAGUACAUCAACCCUCAGUCAGCCAAUUGAUGAAGAAAUUUAUGAAGAACUUCCAGAGGAGGAAGAGGACAGCGCCCCAGUGAAAGCGGAGAGACAGCAGAAGGGGAGCCAGGACAGUGCGCCUCAGCCCUCAGGAGAUAAAAGCACUGAUUAUGCAAAUUUUUACCAGGGAUUGUGGGACUGCACAGGAUCAUUCUCUGAUGAGUUAUCAUUUAAACGUGGUGAUGUGAUUUACAUCCUUAGCAAGGAAUACAAUAGAUAUGGCUGGUGGGUAGGAGAAAUGAAGGGAGCCAUUGGCUUGGUGCCGAAAGCCUACAUAAUGGAGAUGUAUGAUAUUUGAGAGUCCUGGGCAGGAAAAAAAAAUCAACAUCUCGACUGAAGGAAAAAAUCUCAAAAGCAACCUUCUUCCCUGUCUGCAGAAAAGGACUAUUCUGUCAGUCUGUCAUCGUCUCGGUUAUCAUGAAAGUAUAAGUGACAGCCUCCGACCUUUCUUUGUUUUGCUGACCACUGUUCUCUUUGACAGCUAUUUUAUGCAACUAUUCUAAUACUUCUCUGAUGUGAAAUUAGACAAAAAACUGUUAAUGUACAUUAGACACAAACAGUAAAGUGAUACCUGUUGCUAUUUUGUAAAGAAAUUGUCAUCUUUAUGUAUGCAUUUGAUUUGUGUAAGGAAUUUGGCACUAUUUCAUGUGUUCCAUGUAGUGACUAUUACUUCCAGUCUGAGUUGUAAUUUUUCUUAGUAUUGGAAUCAGUUCUUUUUUUACAAUGCAUUAGAUCACGUCAAAAAAAAUGUUGUAUUGAGUUUAGCUUGCAAGUUUGUGCUGGCCACUACUUAAAGAAGAUGGUUUUAUCCGAGCUUUACAGAUUAUGUUUCUUUAUUUGUGACCAAAUAAAUGGUAAAUUUAUUUUACCAUUAAUUUUUUUAUGAAAGCAUUUUCACCGAUGAGCACACCAACUUUACAUGAAGGAAUGCCCACGUGAACAGAGACAGACUCGGGUGUGGGGAGUUCACGGCGCAGCACACAGGAAGCCUCAGUGCAGGGUUUGAGCCAAGCCCCCUAUCUGUAAGAAGCAUCCUGCUUAGAUGAGGGGCCCACCCCUAUUUUCUCCUGUAGUUUAAUGUAGAUUUACCAAAAAACAAGCCAAAAUUCUCUCAUAAGAAACAUCGCUCUUUCUGCUGCUCAUAUCGUAGCAUGAAGACUGAGUGUAUUCUCAGAGAAGGUCUAAAGCAAAGCCUUCGUUGGUGCUGUGCUGCUCCAGCCCCGUCACCAAAUUGUAGAACUCACUUAGGAGUCUCUGCAGUGCUCAAAGCCAUGCAGAGGCAAGGCAGGCGAGGGCAGGGGAGAAGCUGGGCUGCAUGCUGUGUGCUGAACCGCACUGCCCGAAUAACCUCAUUCCCUUUCACUUGAAACCAGAGGGAGUCCAAAUGCCCCUGAGCUACCAGUCCACCUGAACAGAUCUCAAAACGCUCUGCUGAUGGGAAAAUUCCUAAAGGUGGAUAUAAUCUCCUAAUACUGAGCCACUUGUUGGUUGCACCACCUCAGUUGAGCUUUAAAGAUCUUUGCUUUAUGACCAAGCCUCUAAUCCUGCCAGUUCAUUAAGUACAUGUUAAUAAAGUCCCCAUUGUUUGUAGAAAGCUGUUAAUAAGCCACGUUUCAGAGUGUAUAUCUUACUAUUGCUCCAAAAUGCUGUGAUCUCCUAAUUUCAAAUGUAAAAAAAAAAAAGAAAAAAAGCAUGGAUUUUAGGAUUAGGGAAAAACUCCAGUGUAUAUUGCACUGAAGCACAGUCAAGUUAAAGCUGCAGAAGUUAACCUAUGUCCGUGUUUUCUAAUAUAAAGCCAUUGGAAUAGUUUGACAUCAUCUUGGCAAUAGUGAAAGAACUAAAGAGGAAAUUGCCUGACUGGUUUUCAAAACCCAAAAGGUUAAAAGCAAAAGUGGUGCCCUUUCCACCGAAAAGGUGGCUUUCCAGCUUCUGGCUUAAGCGGAGAUUCUAGUUUGAGCCAGUAGAUGGCAGCAGCCUUUCAGGGCAUCCCUGGACCGCUGGAGACCCCUCCCCCACUCUUGAGCCUACUCCCCCAGAAUGUAAAAAGCAUUUCAAAGAUUUCUCUCUCCUUUUACAGUUAAUCCAGGAGAGGGAGUCCUUUGCCAACUGAUGACCAACAAUUUCUGAGCCAGCUAGUCUCUGUGAAAGGUGACAAUCCAGAAUAAAGUGUUAACUUCUGCUCCUCUGGCCUUUGUUCUUUUUUUAACUUGAAUGUAGGUGGGAGAGAAGGAAACCAGAUAUUUAUCGUUGGAGUGGCAGGAAAACUAAUCAUUACUUUCAGUUCAUGACAACUUUAUAUAUUUCAUUCAUUUGGUGAAAUCAUUUGUAAACUACCAAGGAGAAAGUUUCCCUUACACCCUCAACAAUAUAUCACACACUCCUCAAGUUCAUAAUAAAAUCAUUAAUGUAGAUUUAAACAACAUGGCUUGUUAGAAAAUAUGCUAAUUGCUCUGUUCUCAUUAUGUUUGCUUAGCUUUUAUUUGUUUUUCUAUGAACAGUUAGAGAGCUAAUUUUUUCAAAGGUGAUUGUAAGUCAUAUUUUAUAUAGCAUUUUGCUUGAUUAUUUGCUCUGUACUGAAUUUGUACUCUAUUGCCAUUAGAUCUUACAAUAAUGUUCCACUCUGCAAAUUUUUAAGGUUCAAAUAAAGUUUAAUUGUUUGCAAACUGUUAUGAUGCUAAUAAUUCAACAGCCUGCUGUGUUACUAAUGAAAUUACUUUGUUAUGAUUAAUUUGGAAAAUAGUGUGUUGAUUGUAGUAAUUAAGCACAACAAGGUGAAGUAAAUGAUUCUAAUGCCAUCUGGCCUCCAAACUGAAUGAAGAAAUGAAAUAGGACUGUCAUCUGAAUUUAUUCAAAGAAGUAAGGAUAAUACAAAUGACUUUCAUUGCUGUAGGAUUUACACUUAACCACAGAUAAAACGCUGUUCCGCUUUUGCUACUUUGUUGCAUGAUACCUUUUUUUGUAUGAAAAAGAAUGUUGCUGAGCCUUAGCAAUCAUUUUGAAUAUUUUAUAUAUUUUAGUUGAUUAUUUUUACCUUGCUAAUUUAAUUACAGAUAAUUAUGUAAAGUAUUAUGGGAUCAUAGAAAAUCACUUUUCAACCAUCUGUAGUUAAAGUCUAUAUGUGUGAGUGUUUUGCUUUGCUCUUAGUACGAAAGUAUUAAAUGUAGCCUUUCCGUAAAAGUAGUUUCUGUUCAUAUAGUUCUAAAAUAUUUCCAGUUUACCUGG